AUGAGUAGUUCAACAACAGUAUCAGACGUUAUUAUAAUUGAACAACAACCAAUGUCACUAGAGGCACAACCAAUAGAUAAUCAUCAUGUUGGGGAGUUACCUACCUCUCAGACCAUCGAAUCAUCGCCAAAGGGUGAUGGAGCUGAUGAAAAGAAAGAUAAAGAAGAAGAGCAUGAGGAAAUUGUAGUAGUAGUUCCAACAACAACAACAACAACAACAACUACAACUACUACCACAUCCACAUCAACUACAACUUCUGAUACAUCAGACAACAACACUGUAGAGAUUAAAACAUCACCUAUUACUUCUACCGACUCUACUCCAUCUACGAAAAUCAUCGUCGAUGAAUUAGGAGAGACAAAGAGAAAGGAUGGAAGUGUAGGAGAUGUUGUAGACAAUGAAAAGGUAGUUCCAAAGGCUGAAAACCCAGAGGCACCAGAGGAAUCAUCUUUUAACAAGAGUGAAAUCAAUGUUCCACAAGUACUAUUCAAUCCAAACUUGGCCAAUGGAGAACCAACCAACUUUAGAUCAUCCACCAAUCAACUAAAUAAUAUCCCACUAGAACUCAUGAAUAAUAGCAUGGGUUCUUCAUCAGAUUCUGUAAAGAUAGAAUUGACACAAGGAGAUCAAGAUAAAUCACUCACAGAUUCACCAGGAAAGUCAAAAUUGGGACAAAGCGGUAAAUUCAAACCCAAAACAAAACCUGAAAGAAGAUUAUCACAUAUUAGACCAAGAAGUAUAAAAUUGGAACAUAAAAAGAAUUUAAUUGGAGAUAUUAUUUACAAGGGACAUCCAAGUUGGGCGUUGAUGAUGAACAUUCAAACUGGUAUUCGAAAUGCAGUUGGAAAAAAUAAUAUAGCUGGUUCUUCGAGUAGUGGACAAUUUCACACGCUAAGAGAACCAAAAGACUUUAAACAUAAGGCAGAGUUUUAUCUGUCACCAAAAGAGUUGAGAUUCGACUCUACAGGUACCUCUCAAACAGAGGCACAUUCAACAGGACCUUUCAAAUUCAAAGAUUAUUGUCCAAUGGCAUUCCGUUAUCUUCGUUAUCGUUUUGGUAUCGAUCAAGCCGAUUUCCUUGUAUCGCUUUGCAACACAUUAAAGAAUGGAGAAAAUGCACUUCGUGAGCUUCCAACUCCUGGAAAAUCAGGUUCACUAUUCUUUUUCUCUCAUGACAUGAAGUUUAUCAUCAAAACAAUUCCAAAAGAUGAAGCAAAAUUAUUAAGAUCUUUAUUACCUGCUUAUACAGAACAUUUAACUCAAAAUCCAAAUACCUUAUUACCAAGAUUUUUUGGAUUAUUUAGAGUCAAACCACACGGAGGAAGACAAGUGAGAUUUGUUGUUAUGGGUAAUAAUUUCCCAACUAAAAAAAAGAUACAUCAAAGAUAUGAUUUGAAGGGUUCAAUCAUUGGAAGAGAAGCAUCAGAUAACGAAAAGAAAUCAGACACUGUCACAUUCAAGGAUAUCGAUUUUAGAAAUAGUGGAAAGAAAAUUUGUAUAGGCCAAACUAAAAGAGUUGCUUUUCUUGAUCAAAUUAAAAAGGAUUGCAAAUUAUUGGAAUCUUUAAAUAUUAUGGAUUACUCAUUAUUGGUUGGAAUUCAUUGUUCAGAUCGAGAACCACCUUCUCCAUCUCUUUCGAGACAUCAUCUUCUUGCAGAAAGCAGCGAUACAGUUGAAAACUCACCUCAUAUGAGUAGGACUAGAAUGGAGCAAUCUUCUCUUCUCGAUACUCAAGAACUUUAUAUUGGUAGUUUCCAACAAGAUGAAGGAGGUGUAAAAUCGGUUGGUGAGGACGGCAAUCCAAAUGGAGAUAUUUAUUUUAUGGGUAUCAUCGAUAUCUUGAUGUUGUACAGCAUACGAAAGAAAUUCGAACAUACUUAUAAAACUAUUAAAUAUGGUGCCCAAUCUAAACAUGAAAUCUCUUCUGUAUCACCACAUGAAUACGCUGAAAGAUUCCAGGACUUUUUGGAUACGAUCAUUGUAUAG